AUGAUCUUCUUCCACAAGUUCCUCGUUGAAAUCUUCUUUUUUUCCUUUUUAGCGGACUUCGUGGAUGAUGUAGUGAUUUUAGUGUGCACGGAUGCAAGUACUUUAGUUGUCUAUAAAGACAACAUUGUGGAAUGGAACUGCAAGUUGCCCACAACACCUUUAGUUAUUAAAAUAGCAAAUUUUCAGUCCAUAAAAGGAUUGAUAGUUACUCUUACUGAUCUUGGCCAAUUGAACAUCGUGUACAUGGGAACACAACAAGUUGAAUACAGCUUUCUUCAAGCUCCUCAGCGACCUAUUAACUAUGAACGUGGGAUGAAGGAAGUCCAGCAACUGAAAAAAUCCCUUCGUGCAGGGCACUUGAAAGAAUUAAAUCCGAAAGAAAAAGAAAAAGAAAUAGAACUCAAUCUGAAUCUUGAUGCCCAAACGUGCUCCGAGUACUUGGAAACGCAACACUUAGCUGAGGCAAUCAAGGGAAAUCUAACAAUUGCCAUGCCAAAAAACCAAAAUGCUAAUAUACGAGUGUUUUUUACUUGCGAUUCGUUAAUCGUUGCUACACCAUCUGAAACUUGCCUUCAGCUCGACGGCGAAGGACAAGCUGCGUUACCAAUGAUGUUCCAUGCUGUUCCCUCUAAAUGCGAAAUGGUUGCUUCGCUACAUGUUGAAGUUUCUGUCGUCACUGUUUUGGCUGGAGCUUCAUCGAUGACUCGACAAUUCAUCUUACCACUGCAACUUGUUAUGAAGCUGUCGGUGCCAGUCCGUGAAGCCCGUGUUAAGGUAACAUUGUCAGCAAACCAGCCAGCUGCCAGUUUGGCUCAAUUAUUUCAAGAUUUUACACUCGACGAAUCUGCGUCUAAUCUGAUUGCUUUAAAACAUUUCAAUGGCACGGUGGUCUCUAUUCUGGUGUCGAAAACUACAAACAAGUACAGGUUGCAAUCAGAUAGUUUGGCUGCAUUAGCCCUACUAGUCGAUGAGUUGCAAAGACGUUUACAUCUUUACUUUUCGGCAUCGACAAAUCUACAAAUGAAUUUAGAUUCGCCCUUACCCGUGCAGGAAACCUGGAAUCAGAUUGAAACACACUACUCAAACUACGUCGAGUUGAAAAAAGAAACGAUUAAACUUGGCCAAGCAACCCGUCAAUUUCAGAUCAUUCAGCGAGUGUUCCACAACAAAAUUCUGACUACCAAAACAGUUGGACUCACGGAAGGCAUUUUUGCUGCCGUACAGUUAGCUCAUGAACACGUAACGCUUUCUAUCCAACAAGUCGAGCGUUUUCAAGAGGACUUCAAGAAUGCCACACAAAUGCUGGGAGGUUCUCUGAAAUGUUUGCUGACUUUACUCAAAGUGGAGAAAAACAGCAGUGACAAACAAAGAAGUGUCAGGUUACUCGAAAAAGCUCUGCUUCCUGUCGAACAACUGGAUUUUGAUCAAUCGUGGCAGCAAAUUGUGGAAAGUAAACUGAAUUACCUCGUCAGACAAAGAUCCCUUCCAGCAGCGCCAACAACAACAGCUACAGUUACAAGCUCCGACAAAGAAUUCAAUUUAACCAACUUAAAAAAAAUAUUCUUUCAAGCUCUUGAUAACUUAAAAAAAGAGUCUCAGUCGUGAAUAGCACAAGUCGAAUACAGCAGUCUACUGAU